AUGCUGGAAGAGCUACGUGUGGCACCAGCAGUUGGCAGGAAGGCGAUCUUCGACUGGAGCAUUGGCCUCGAGAUCAUAUGGCUCAUGCGAAUCCAGGGGCGAGCGCAGACUCUGCGAAAAUGUGAGUAUCGUGUGGGACAUAGCGGGCGUGAUCCGCAAGCUCCUGCGCAGGGUGUCGAUGAGAUGCUUAGAGCCAAGUUCAGGGGCCCGUUCGAGCCCGACCAGGUGUCAACAGAGCCGGCGGCAUUUGCUUCAAGCACAGGAAGCGUCUGGGCCUACUUCCGGAUCACAGACAAAAUCUGCUUCCUCACGUUAGUCUUGGUUUUCUUGCCCGCUGCACACUUCGUAGACGACUUUUACUACAGCCAGCCGUCCAGGUCGUCUGUGCCGAACGUACUCUUGGCAGCAGCUGCUACGACUAGGGCCUUCAUCUUCUGGUUGGAAGCAAUGGCCCAGAUCGCAUGCCUGAUGAUCGCCUCCCAGGUCCUGUCAGGAUACUCCAAGGACCCAGCCCUGACUAACCUGUUAGGAUGCCACAAGAAAGAUCCUGAGUUUGACCAAGCUUGGGAGCUCCUGUUCGAGCUCACGAAAAAGCCCAUGGACCCCGACAAACCCCUUUCCGAGAAGCUGGUCAAGCUUGAGCAGGUUGGCCGUGACCCGUUCGGAAUCGAGGUUACAUCUGACAACAGGAUUGCGGAGAAGGCAGGUCAAGACGACCUCGACUUUUCGCCAGUCCGAAAGGACGGCCAAGAUGCGGGGAUGUCCUUCGUGACUGGUGUGACAACGCCACCGUCUUCGCUGGACG